AUGGCAUCCAACAAUAGUCGUGCGAAGCAAGAGCAGCUUCGUAAGCGCCGCAAUAAUCUGCUGCGAUGCCACAACGACUUCUGGCUCCUGAAGACUGUUAUUUCCGUGGGAUUCCACCAGGUGCAAGUCAAAAAUGACAAGUUGAGACGUGUGGUCUCCGAUAUUCGUCACGCCGCUGUCCAUAGGAUUAUGCAAGACCGUUCCGGCUUUUACCAGAAGCUGGAUGCUGCGGCCGAGUUUGCGGGGCUUAUUGGAGGAGGUCAGUGGGCAAGAAUGCUGGCGCAUCUUCAGAAGGCCAUAACCACCUUUUUGACAAAGAUGGAUGAUCGAUUCCUCCAGCUCAAGGACAAUAUCCAAUAG